UAUCACUUUUCUUCUUACUUAUUUACCAUGAAAGAUGGAUUGAAGCUUCGACGUCUUUCAAAAUCAUGCCUGGAACUGCUACCUGUAGAGCUUUUGUAUGAAAUCCAGCUUUACGCUCUAUCACAUUCUCUUCCAUACACAUCCCACUCUCUUCACCUGAUAUUCAAAUCUGCACCCUCAUCUUUCCGAGCGGAAUACAUCUUCCUGUGCUCAUCUGGUAGCUCGGAAAAUUUGUACACGAAAGCUCUUCGAUACCCAUUAUGUUCACUGGAGGUCCUCCGAUUUAUCAAACUCCAAAGUAGGAACCCUGUCACUGUGUUGGAGCUACCCAAACGUCUCUUCCGUGACCUGGGUACUCGGAGGGCCAGCUCCAAGUGGACCGAUCAAGAUCAUCCUCUGCCGUUCAUCCGCGACUUAUAUACUGCCGGAUUCUCUCUGGACCUUAACUCCAUCAACGGUUACGCCCUCACCAAAGCAGUUCAGACUGAAUUUUACGCUCUUGUCAGGCUUCUACUUGAUAAAGGUGCUUCGCCCACAUACAAGGACAACCUUGCCGUCCGCGUGGCUAUUCGACGGAAAGACUUACGAAUGGUAAAACUAUUGAUAGAGCGGAGUUCUGGUGAAGUACAUAAAAGGAGAAGGCUGGAAGAUCGAAUGAAAGUUUCGAAGGAAUUGUUGAAACUUGCGGUGAAGUGUAAUGCACAGGACUUAGUGGAUUAUUUUACGCGGGAGAAGGGUUGUGUACCCGAUAUGCAGACGUUGUACCUCAUGCGCUAGAUAUAUCGUGCGUUGGUUUGCGUACUUUCCGCCACUCAUUUGUCUUACCCUGGCUUUCUGAUAAGUGAAAACUCGUCUGAGAGUAUAU